AUGAGCUUAAUGGAGCGCCACUCAGAUGAUGAUUCUGGGUCAGCAUCAGCUUCGGGAUCUGGUUCAAGCUCUGGAAGCAGUAGUGAUGGAAGUAGCAGUCAGUCAGGUAGCAGUGACUCUGAGUCUGGUUCAGAGUCAGGCAGUCAAUCAGAAUCAAAGUCUGACACAUCUAGAGAGAAGAAACAAGUUCAAGCUAAACCACCACCAAAAGCUGAUGGAUCUGAGAUUUGGAAGUCCAGUCCAAGUAUACUUGCUGUGCAGAGAUCAGCAGGGCUCAAGAAGCAACAUCAGAAGGCAGCCUCAUCAGACAGUGGUUCAGAAGAGGUUUCAUCAAGCAGCGAAGAUUCUGCAGAUGACUCUUCCAGUGAAACCAAGAAGAAAAACCAUAGAGAUGAAGACUGGCAAAUGUCUGGCUCAGGGUCAGUGUCAGGAACUGGUUCUGAUUCUGAAUCAGAGGAAGAUAGAGAGAAAAGCAGUUGUGAAGACAGAGAAUCUGACUAUGAGCCAAAAAACAAGGUCAAAAGCCAGAAACCUCCAAGCAGAAUAGAGCCAAAAAGCUGCAAAAAGAUUGCAGGACAGAAAAAGAGGUAUCUUGAUUCAUCGGAUGAUGAUGACUAUGACAAGAAAGUGUCUCGUCGCCAGGCAACAGUCAACGUUAGUUACAAAGAAGCUGAAGAAACCAAGACAGAUUCUGAUGACUUGUUGGAAGUUUGUGGAGAAGAUGUCCUACAGCCUGAAGAAGAUGAAUUUGAAACUAUAGAGAAGUUCAUGGAUAGUCGAAUUGGCCGAAAAGGAGCCACUGGUGCUGCAACCACCAUCUAUGCUGUUGAGGCAGAUGGUGACCCAAAUACUGGAUUUGAAAAGUCAAAGGAGCUAGGAGAAGUACAGUAUCUUAUUAAAUGGAAAGGUUGGUCACACAUCCAUAAUACUUGGGAAACUGAAGAAACACUAAAGCAACAAAAUGUUAAAGGAAUGAAGAAACUGGACAACUAUAAGAAAAAGGAUCUGGAAACAAAACGCUGGCUGAAAAAUGCUUCUCCAGAAGAUGUGGAAUAUUAUAAUUGCCAGCAGGAACUUACAGAUGAUCUACAUAAACAAUAUCAAAUAGUGGAAAGGAUAAUUGCCCAUUCAAAUCAGAAAUCAGAAGCUGGUUAUCCAGAUUACUAUUGCAAAUGGCAGGGUCUGCCUUACUCAGAAUGUAGCUGGGAAGAUGGUGCUCUCAUUGCCAAAAAAUUUCAAGCCUGUAUUGAUGAGUAUUUUAGCAGAAAUCUAUCCAAGACUACUCCAUUUAAGGACUGCAAGAUUCUAAAACAGAGGCCGAGGUUUGUUGCACUAAAGAAGCAACCAUCUUAUAUUGGAGGGCAUGAGAGUUUAGAGUUAAGAGAUUACCAGUUAAAUGGACUGAACUGGCUUGCUCAUUCAUGGUGCAAAGGGAAUAGUUGUAUUCUUGCAGAUGAAAUGGGUCUGGGUAAAACAAUACAAACAAUUUCUUUUCUGAACUACCUGUUUCACGAACACCAACUGUAUGGGCCUUUCUUGCUAGUCGUGCCACUUUCUACCUUGACAUCUUGGCAAAGAGAGAUUCAAACUUGGGCUCCUCAGAUGAAUGCUGUUGUUUACUUAGGAGAUAUAACUAGCAGAAAUAUGAUAAGAACUCAUGAAUGGAUGCAUCCACAGACGAAACGAUUAAAAUUUAAUAUACUUCUAACAACUUAUGAAAUUUUGCUGAAGGAUAAGUCAUUCCUUGGUGGUCUGAAUUGGGUAUUUAUAGGAGUUGACGAAGCUCAUCGUUUAAAAAAUGAUGAUUCCCUUCUGUAUAAGACUUUAAUAGACUUUAAGUCUAAUCAUCGUCUUCUUAUUACUGGAACCCCUCUACAAAACUCCCUCAGAGAGCUUUGGUCUUUGCUGCACUUCAUCAUGCCAGAAAAGUUUUCUUCCUGGGAAGAUUUUGAAGAGGAGCAUGGCAAAGGGAGAGAGUUUGGUUAUGCAAGUCUUCACAAAGAACUUGAACCAUUUCUACUCAGAAGAGUUAAAAAAGAUGUAGAAAAAUCUUUACCUGCCAAGGUUGAACAGAUUUUGAGGAUGGAAAUGAGUGCAUUACAGAAGCAAUAUUACAAGUGGAUUUUAACCAGGAAUUAUAAAGCCCUGAGUAAAGGUUCAAAAGGCAGUACCUCAGGAUUUUUGAACAUAAUGAUGGAACUCAAGAAGUGUUGUAACCAUUGCUACCUCAUUAAACCACCAGAUGAUAAUGAAUUCUGUAAUAAACAGGAGCCCUUACAGCAUUUAAUACGUAGCAGUGGGAAACUAAUCCUUCUUGACAAGCUACUGAUUCGUCUACGAGAACGUGGCAACAGAGUACUGAUUUUCUCUCAGAUGGUGAGAAUGCUAGACAUCCUAGCAGAGUAUUUGAAGUAUCGUCAGUUUCCGUUUCAGAGACUUGACGGAUCAAUAAAAGGAGAAUUGAGGAAACAAGCCCUGGAUCAUUUUAAUGCAGAAGGAUCAGAGGACUUCUGCUUUUUGCUGUCUACCAGAGCUGGAGGAUUAGGUAUAAAUUUGGCAUCUGCUGACACUGUAGUAAUAUUUGAUUCUGACUGGAAUCCACAGAAUGAUCUUCAAGCACAGGCUAGAGCUCAUAGGAUUGGACAGAAGAAACAGGUUAAUAUUUAUCGGCUAGUCACAAAAGGAUCAGUAGAAGAAGAUAUUCUUGAAAGAGCCAAGAAAAAGAUGGUGUUAGAUCACUUAGUAAUUCAGAGAAUGGACACUACAGGGAAAACUGUACUACAUACAGGCUCUACUCCUUCCAGCUCAACACCUUUUAAUAAGGAAGAAUUAUCAGCAAUUUUGAAGUUUGGUGCUGAGGAACUUUUUAAAGAACCUGAAGGGGAAGAAGAGGAGCCUCAGGAAAUGGAUAUAGAUGAAAUCCUGAAGAGGGCUGAAACUCGAGAAAAUGAGCCAGGCCCAAUAACUGUAGGAGAUGAAUUGCUUUCACAGUUCAAGGUUGCUAACUUUUCCAAUAUGGAUGAAGAUGACAUUGAGUUGGAACCAGAACAAAAUUUAAGAAAUUGGGAAGAAAUCAUUCCAGAAGUCCAGCGGCGACGAAUAGAAGAGGAGGAAAGGCAAAAAGAGCUCGAAGAAAUAUAUAUGCUCCCAAGGAUGAGAAAGUGUGCAAAACAGAUCAGCUUUAAUGGAAGUGAAAGGAGACACAGUAGGAGCAGAAGGUAUUCUGGAUCUGAUAGUGACUCCAUCUCAGAAAGGAAACGACCAAGAAAACGUGGACGACCACGAACUAUUCCUCGCGAAAAUAUUAAAGGAUUUAGCGAUGCAGAGAUUAGGCGAUUUAUCAAGAGUUACAAAAAAUUUGGUGGCCCACUUGAAAGGUUAGAUGCUAUAGCUAGAGAUGCUGAGCUAGUUGAUAAAUCUGAGAUGGACCUUAGAUGUCUGGGAGAACUUUUACAUAAUGGAUGCAUUAAGGCUUUAAAUGACAAUUCCUUUGGACAAGAAAGAGCAGUGGGUAGACUUGGGAAAGUUAAAGGCCCAACAUUCCGAAUAUCAGGAGUGCAGGUGAAUGCAAAGCUAGUCAUCUCUCAUGAAGAAGAGUUGGCACCAUUGCACAAAUCCAUUCCUUCAGAUCCAGAAGAAAGAAAAAGAUAUGUCAUCCCAUGCCACACUAAGGCAGCUCAUUUUGAUAUAGAUUGGUGUAAGGAAGAUGAUUCCAAUCUGUUAAUAGGUAUCUAUGAAUAUGGCUAUGGCAGCUGGGAAAUGAUAAAAAUGGACCCUGAUCUCAGUUUGACACAGAAGAUUUUACCUGAUGAUCCAGAUAAGAAACCCCAAGCCAAGCAGUUACAGACCCGUGCAGAUUACCUCAUUAAAUUGCUGAAUAAAGACCUCGCAAGAAAAGAAGCACAAAGACUUACUGGUGUAGGCAAUUUAAAGAGGAGGAAAACAAGAACUAAGAAGAACAGAGCAACAAAGGCUGCAAAAAUUAAAGAAGAAAUAAAAAGUGAUUCCUCAUCACCACCCUCAGAAAAAUCUGAUGAAGAUAACGAGAAUGAGAUUGUUACAGUGAAGCAUCCACAUAAAAAAAUAAAAGCAGAAGAAGAAAAUGAAGAAAAGCCUGAGUCAGAUAUUGGUAUAAAAAAGGAAGCUGAAGAAAAAAGAGAGACAAAGGAAAAAGAAAAUAAGAGGGAUUUGAAAAGGGAGAAACAAGAAAAAGAGGAUAAGAAAGAAUUAAAAAAUAUUAAAGAAAAGAGAGAAUACAAAUUAAAAGAAUCCACACUGAAAGAAAAAGAAGCAAAGGAAGUAAAGGUAAAUGAAAUCAAAUCUGAAAAUAAAGAAAAAAAUAGAAAAGUUUCACUGUUGGAUAUUCCAGUUCAUAUUACUGCAAUUAGUGAACCAGUUCCUAUAUCUGAAGAAUCUGAAGAACUGGAUCAGAAGACAUUCAGUGUGGUAAACGUAUGCAUUUCAUCUUUUUACCUUACCACUGUGACUGAAUGUGAUGAGUUGAGAGUUUAUGGGUGAGGAUUAACGGAGAGGCUAAUAUGGGAGACACUGUUGUGGGUGUUUACUAUAGGCCACCCGAUCAGGAGGAGAAAGUUGAUGAGGCCUUCUAUGGGCAGCUGGAAAUAGCCUCACAGUCCAAGGCACUGGUUCUCCUGGGGGAUUUAAACCACCCAGUUAGUUCUUGGAGGGGCAACAUGGCCCAGCACACAGUCCAGGGAGUUCUUGCACAUCAUGGAAGAUAACUUUUUGUUACAAGUGGUAG